UUGCAUAAUUUCUCGUGCAAUUUCUUGCAACGAUUCGCUGUUUCCCGAGCGUUUUAAGAGGUAUUAUUUUCGGAAAUCAUGAAGAUUUGGAGUUCUGAACACGUUUUCCACCAUCCGUGGGAGACAGUCACCCAAGCCGCCUGGAGGAAGUACCCCAAUCCCAUGAACCCCAGCGUCAUCGGGAUUGACGUCCUUGACAGGAAGGUAGAUGAGAGGGGUCGUCUUCACAGCAGGAGGUUACUCACUACUGAGUGGGGUUUUCCAGGCUGGGUCAGAUCGUUGGUUGGUCUACAGCCUACAUGCUACGGAUCAGAAUACUCGAUAGUAGACCCUAAGGAGAAGACAUUCACUGCUAAAUCUGCUAAUAUUUCACUUCAUAGUUAUGUUUCUAUCGAUGAGAAAUUAGUAUACAAGCCACAUCCCACCAUUGAGAAUGCGACACUGUUGACACAGGAGGCUACAGUUACAGUGAAAGGAUUGGGUUUGGCUGGCCAGUUAGAGAAGAUGGUCACAAGUACUAUCUCAUCCAAUGCAAACAAGGGACGUGAAGCAAUGGAAUGGGUCAUUGACACCAUCAACAGGGAGAUGACAGAUCUGGCGUCCACGGCCAAGAAAGGUAUCGAAGAUCUUACCAGUGGUAUAGAAAACAUAGAGUUUGAUUGACAAAGGCUUUGACCUGUGUAGUAGCUAGAGUAUUUCAUGUUGUCAGCCGUUAUUGACGGAAUAUCACAAGUCCACCACUAGAAAGAGAGGUAGAGAGAAUGGUAGGGGCAAGUCCAUGCUAUACGUUAAUAAGCUGUGUAAAACAACAAAACUUUUCUGUUUACAGGAGUUCUUUUGAGAUUUGUUGAUAAAAAAGCGUAAUUUUAACAUAUAGCACAAAAUAGCUUGAACUUGCCCUGUUAUGUUUGUUAAACUGUCUUCCAGUGCAUAAAGUUACAGAGACUAGACUAUUGAGAAACUAUGUAUGACAGUAUUAACUUUUAUUGUGUCAGUACUGUAAGUUAGGGGAAGUAUGAAUUGAGAUGGACUUCAUUUUAUAGCUCAAAUGAUCACACACCAGUGGCAACAAAUGAAUGUACCAUUGAGCCAGAAGAAAGCUAGAGACAUCGGAAAGUAAUGUAUGCUCUUAGCCUCUGGUCAUGAAUUUCAUUACCAGCUCAAUGCUUAGUCCUUAGACGAAGCAUUUAAUCAACUUCUCUCUCUCUCUCUCUCUCUCUCUCUCUACUUACAUGUAAAUACCUAGGUGUAGUACCUAUGGGUAUGUGGCUAUUAGUAUGUACAUGUAUGACGAGGAAAAAGCCACAGUAAUGAUGACAAGCUAUUUAUUUCUCUCUUGGCACAAAGGUGCUGUGUAGAUUUAGUUAUUGUUGCUGGUGGCAAUUUCAGUCGCUAGUGGUGUUUUCCAACAAUGUGAGAUGCUGUUGUAUGAUA